AUGAAGUUCCACGAUUUCCUCACCCUCUCGCUUCUCCCCCUCUCCCUUUCCGCAAAAAUAUGUCCCAUGCCCUACAACUCCUCCCCGCUCAUCGACGACUCCCCCGCCAUCACCACAGCCGUUACAUCCUGCGGUGCCAACUCUACCAUCCUCUUCCAACCAAACGUCACGUAUAAUCUUCUUACACCUCUCAAUUUUCGAGAUCUCGACAGCGUCACGUUUUCCUUCGAGGGUAAUGUUAGUUUGAGUGAGAAUGUCACGGCAGUGCAGCUUGUGGUUAAUAAUACGAGAACGUAUCCGGGGAGGUGGAUUAAGAUUCAGGGGACGAAUAUUACGUUUCAGGGGUCGGAGAGUACAGAUGGAGGGUGGUUUUUGGCGCAUGGGGAGAAGUGGUGGAAGAAUCCGGGGGAUUCGUCGCAGGGGGGUCGACCGCAUUGGUUUGGGUUUACGGUUAAUGGCUUGAAGAUUUCUAAUAUUAGGGUUCUGAAUCCCGUGGCCUGGGUAUUCAACAUCGGUGGGAGUGAUGUCGAGAUGAGGAAUGUAUUGAUUGAUGCGAGGAGUACCGAUGGGUUUCCUUUCAACACUGAUGGAAUUGAUCUCUCUGCCUCCAACGUCCUAAUCGACGGUCUCGAAGUCCACAACGGCGACGAUGUAAUCAACGUCUCACCCCCCUCCACAAACGUCACCGUCCGUAACGUCAUCGCCUCUGGUACUCACGGUCUUUCCGUAUCUUGCGCUGGUAAUUCAGGCGGUAACUAUACCUUCGAGAAUGCGUAUAUCUAUGAUAGUUUAAUGGCGGCUAGAUUCAAGGGCGCAAUAGGCAAGACGUGUAAUAUCAGUGACGUGACGUGGAAAAAUAUCGAGGUGAAAAAUGUUAGUUUCCCUAUCCAUUUUAUUGCCGAUUAUUAUGAUCAGGAGAAGGGUAUUCCGGCUGGAACAAAUACGAGUAUUUCGGCCUUUGCGAGUCACUUUACUUGGCAGGGUAUUAAUGGGUCUGUGGCUGCUGUGGUGGGUGAUGGUACUUGUGUUACUGAUCCGUGUUGGUAUGCUACUACCGGCGAAUCGCCAAAUAAUGGCAUGUAUCUACUCUGUCAUGAUCACGCUCAUUGUGAAGACUUCCACUUUGAGGGUAUUGAUUUAACUACCGCCAAAGGAGCGCCUGCGGGAGAAAUUUGUACGGGCUUGGAAGGUGUAGAGGACAUGGGGGUUACUUGUGUAAAUGGGACGAUUGCGGCGAAAUGA